AGAGUAUAAAACACACGCAAAUGAGGAGCGUGGUACUUAUCAAAAACACUGUUUUACACUCGUGCGACUACUUAACUCUUGACAAUCCCUCUCUCAUACACACUCUCUGCAAAUGAGCAAACUCAGGCGAGAAGAAACACCGACGUUUCAUUCUCCGAGAUAAGUUUCGAGGAUGAGAAAAGCUUCACGGUGGUUUAGGAAUCUAUUCGGACUUAACAAACCCGACCCGGGUUAUCCGGAUCCAUCCAUCGUAACACCUUCUCGCUCUUUUCCAAAACGUCGAUGGAGCUUCGUCAAGUCCAAACGCGAAAAAGGAAACGCACCGCCGAAUCAUCAUCCUUCUCCUCCUCCUCUGCGGAGUUCGACGCCUCCACCGUCGUACCUUCAAUCUUCUCCGUCAGACGGACGGCGGUGGAAACAGAAGCUGGUACGGGAGGAAGAAGGAGACAAGGAGUCCGACGACCAAGAGGUUGCGUUGGCCGCCGCGACUUCCAUUGUUGCUGAAGCCGCCGUCGCUGCCGCCGCUGCGGUCGUCAGGCUAACGAGCACGGCGAAUUUUAGCAGCGGCUUCAACGACGUUGUGGCGCAUGUUAGCAGGUUCGACCGAUACAGAAGCGGUCGCGACAGUCUUGCGGCCAUUAAGAUACAAUCUACAUUUCGUGGUUAUUUGGCAAAGAGAGCAUUAAGGGCACUCAAGGGAUUGGUCAAGCUUCAAGCUAUAGUUAGAGGCCAUAUCGAACGAAAGAAAAUGUCGGUCCAUCUGCGUAGGAUGCACGCUUUGGUUCGAGCUCAGGCUCGUGUCCGUGCCCGUCGUGUUGUUGUAUCGUCUGAAUCCUCUUCUUCUAAAUCAAACAACACCAAAUCUUCUCACUUUCAAAACCCCGGUCCAACAACGCCGGAAAAACUAGAGUAUUCGAUCUCUUCUCGCAGCUCCAAGCUCGGUCAUUCUCAUCUUUCCAAGAGGAACGGUUCAAAGGCAAGGGGCAACAGACCUGACAUUUUCUACUCAUCUCACCUCGUCCUAGACAACUCAGGCUGGUCUGGACCAGUUUACGCCAUGCCAUUUAGCCCAUCCUCGUCACACGAAGAGACCGUAAGCCAGUUUUGCAAUGCAGAGAACAGUACUCAGUUAUACUCAGCUACAUCUAUAAACAAACCCAGUGUUUUCACGACUAGUUCUAUUGCACCGAGUGAAAGCACCAAAAGCUGCUGCUACACAGACCAUCCAAGCUACAUGGCUUGCACAGAGUCCUCUAGGGCUAGGGCACGGUCUGCUAGUGCCCCAAAGUCGCGACCGCAGUUAUAUCAUGAGCAGUCUUUGUCUAAACAGUUUGGUGAUGCUCUGCAAACUAGUUUCAUGAACAAGGCUUAUCCCGGUUCAGGUCGCUUGAACCGGCUCGGGAUGCCAAUUGGUUAUAGGUACUAAGAAUAGUUGUUGAAUCCGUUUUGUACUAUAUGGUUCGGGUUGUGAUAGUAAUCAAAUGAAGUGGAUGACCGGUUAAACCUGGUUUUGUUGUAGUCCAGUGGAUUGAUUUAUGCAUAAAAUGUAUCAAGGUUAAACCUUGGAAUGACAAAUAUUUCUGUAUUCAAGUAGACAAAUUGGUAAAAAAAAAAGAAAAAUGGGUGAUUUAUUCAAA